CCGAGAAAACUGGAAUAUUCUUCGCAUCCAUCUUGUUAGGUCAUUUCUCUUCCUUCCUUCCUUCUCCUUCCCUUCACAAUUCCAUUCACAAAUUCAUUCUACUCCUCCAAAUCUUCUACCUUUUUUUUAUACAUUUCUGAGAAAUUUCUCCAAUUGAAUCUCUGUUUCUUUCUUUCUUGGUGGAUCGGAUCCCCCAAGAAUAUGCCUUAUCUUACUAGUAGUAGUUCCAAUGAAGAACAUCGGUUCCUCCUGCACUGUUUUGAGAUCGGAAUUUGCUCUUUUUCUACUCAAAUCAAAAUGGGCCCGCUAUUAUUGAGAAAAAAGAUCUGGAUUCUGGGUUCUUCUUCUUCUUGGUAACGCCCAAAACUCGAAGACUUUUUUGUUUUUGCUCACAAUGGAGACUGGAUCACAAUAGGUUUUGUACGUGAAUUCAGUUAGAAUAUGAUUACAGACUCUAAAAGGCCACAGUUAGCUACAGAUUCAGAUCUCGUUGUUGGCUGUUUCCAUGAGAACAAUGAUGAAGAAGAAGAAGAAGAUCAGAGCCAAUUUAAGGCUUCUAAGCCUCCUAGAAACAUACCCAACAAUAUUAGACUCAGCAUCAGUCAAGCCAUGCUGGACUCACCAGUAGGCAUUUUAGGUGUGAAAAAGUCGCCUGUUGGUGAAAAUUCUGGAUUUUCACCUGUCUUUCGAUCGGGUUCUUGUUCUGAAAUUGGUCCAAAACAGUUCAUGGAAGAUGAAUUUAUCUGCGUAAAUAACCUUCAUGAACACAUCGGUGAAGGUCCUGAUAUCCCUUCUCCGGCAGCAUAUUACGGGGUUUUUGAUGGACAUGGAGGUGUUGAUGCUGCGACAUUCACUAAAAAGAACCUUCUUAAAUACAUCAUUGAAGACUCCCAUUUCCCGGUUGCAACGAAAAGAGCGAUCAAGAACUCUUUUGGGAAAGCCGACUAUGCAUUAGCUGAUGCAAAAUCUCUCGAUAGAUCAUCCGGCACCACUGCUUUGAUUGCCCUUAUACUCGAAAGGACAAUGAUAAUCGCGAAUGCUGGGGAUUCUCGAGCUGUGCUGGGGAAACGUGGGAGAGCUAUCGAACUCUCGAGAGACCACAAGCCUAAUGCCGCGUUGGAAAAGUUAAGAAUCGAGCAAUUAGGGGGAGUCAUCUACGACGGUUAUUUAAACGGGCAACUAUCCGUGUCACGUGCCCUCGGAGACUGGCAUUUGAAGGGGCAAAAGGGGUCAAUUUAUCCGUUGACCUCAGAUCCAGAGCUCGAGGAAGUUGUCCUAACGGAAGAAGACGAGUUUCUGAUAAUGGGUUGUGACGGUUUAUGGGAUGUUAUGAGUAGCCAAUACGCGGUUACAAUAGUGAGGAAGGAACUUAUGCUUCACAAUGAUCCCGAGAGGUGUUCGAAAGAGCUCGUGAAGGAAGCGCUCAAGAGGAAUUCAUGCGACAAUUUGACGGUCCUUGUGAUUUGUUUCACGUCGGAUCCGCCGUCUAGGAUCGAGGUGCCGAGGAUUACAAAGAGGAGAAGCAUAUCAGCCGAAGGAUUGGAUCUUCUCAAGGGUGUUCUAAGUGAUGUUUGAACAAGAAAUUGCUUCUUCUUUUAUUUUGGGUUUUAAUAUAAUUGUAUUUUCUAUUAAUUAUUUUUUUUAGUGUUCUAACUCUUUGAAGUAAGCCAAAUUCAUCCUUGAAUCCCUUAAUUUGAUACUAUUAGAAAUUUAGAGAUUUUGAGUACAAGGAACUCAUGAAGAAACCUUCAUAUUUUCUUUUGUAUGUA